UGCCUGGGCAAGCGGAGGGCGGCACGCAGCCUGGAGCUGCUCGACCAGCGGAGGCAGUAGCAGAUCCCGGCUCCGGCUCCGCGUUGUCCCGGCCGGGCGGCGGCAGGAGGAUGCCGAGUUCCGCGGCCACCCACAGCUGCGCCGCGCCCGCCUGCGCCGCCGCAGCGCCCCGGCCACGCGGACCAGGGGGCUGCGCCGGGUUCCGCUAGGGACGCGCCGGGAUGAGUAGCUCUUUUGUCAAACAUGCACUGGACACCCGAGCAUGCUCAGCCCCUGAACCAGUGGCCGGAGCAGCACCUUGAUGUCUCCUCCACAACCUCAUCGCCUGCCCACAAGUCGGACCUCUACCACAGCAGCCGGCAGCGCUUCAACUAUGCCUGGGCCAACGAUGACAUCUCUGCCCUGACCGCCUCCAACCUGCUGAAGAGGUAUGCUGAGAAGUACUCCGGAGUCCUGGACUCCCCAUAUGACAGGCCGCCGGGGCUCAACACCUACGGGGAUGGCGCCUUUGGGCCCCUCAACGGCCAGAAGGGAGAGAUGGAGCCUUGGCCGAUGGCGCACAGCUCAGAGGGGGCUUACCCUUUGACCCCGAUGCACGAUGGAUUGCCCACCUCCAAGGGGAUCAUCCCUCCUGCUGUCACCCCUGGGAACAGCCUUGGGACCUCCCCGGUGGUCUCCAGCAAUCUGUCGGACUCCAUUUACCCCAGUAACACAUGCGGGGGACCCCCGACUUCUGGCAGUCUUGGCCCGUCUCAGGAGUACCCUUCAGGCUACAGUGGGGCCUACUUGCCAUCGGGCUACUGCAGCCAACCUGCCUCAGCGCUUCCGCCUCCACACCCGUCCACCUUGCAUAGCUCAGGCCUCCUUCAACCCAGCCACCCUUCCACGGCGCUCGUCCCCAGCUACAGCUCCUCAGGACCCAUGUACAAUUACGCCUCAGGCAGCUACCCACCCCAACCUGGCUAUGGCACCAUUCACCCUCCCCACCCGUCAGCCUCGUAUUUGCCCUCGGGCAUUGCUGCCCCCACCCCCAUCCCUCCUUCCUCUCGGCCCCCUGUCGUCCCUGGGUACAGCUACCAGAGCCCCCUCGCUGUGCCACCCCUCACCGGUGAGUCGGGGAGCUCUCUGAAAAGGAAGGCCUUUGAUCUCGCCGGCGGUGAGGAUGACGGCGAAGGCCGGUAUCGCAAAUACAGCUAUGAGCAACCAAAGUCUCCGUACCAGAUGUCCGACAGCGGUGAAUGUAGAGGAAAUGGGUUCAGCCGCAGCUCUGAGGUGCCUUUCAAAGGGGGGAAGAGGCCCGCAGGCGUGGCGGCCACCACCGUGGCUUCCGAGGACCCCGUGGGGAAAUACAACAGCCAGCCCAUGAAAGGCCUGGUGUCUACGGCUUACAGCGUGGGUGAAGCCCCGCUGAGGCCUAGCGAGACCUUUGAGAAGUUCACCCCUCCGGCUGCCAACGGGGAACAUGGAGGAGAGUCCUUUGCCCUCAGGAUGCAACCCAAGCCGCCACCCUUCAGCAGCGACAACAGCAGCCAGACUGUGGAAGAGCAGCUGAAAGCCAUGGACCCGUUUGUUCUGGAGCUGGUGAACAACAAGAUAAUUGAUUGCGGUCCUCCAGUUCAAUGGACAGACAUCGCAGGGCAAGUCUCUGUCAAAGCUGCCAUCGAGGAAGAGCUGGUGUGGCCCAUCUUGAGGCCAGGGGCUUACACGGGGGCAAGCCGGCCCCCCAAAACCAUCCUGCUCUUUGGACCUCGCGGUGUCGGGAAGACCCUGUUGAGCAGGUGCGUUUGCACCCAGCUGGGAUCCACCCUGAUGAAGCUCAGUGGGACAGCCUUGGUCUCCAAGUGGAAGGCAGAAGCCGAGAAGAUCCUGCAGGCCACGUUCUUCGUGUCCAACUGCCGGCAGCCGACGGUCAUUCUCCUCACCGACGUGGAAUCCCUCCUGGAAGACGCCGCUGUCCUGAAGUCCCAGCUCCUUUCCUACCUGGAUAACCUUGCUACCUCAGGCGAGCAGAACGUCGUGGUCAUAGCAACCACCACCAGGCCUGGCAAGCUGGACGAAGCCACCCAGAGGAGGUUUACCAAGCGCUUCUACAUCUCCCCGCCAGACAGCGUUGCCCGGCGGCAGAUCCUGCACCAUGCUUUAGCCCAGCAAAACUACUGCCUCAGCGAGAGGGAGAUGGCCUCCAUUGUCCAACUCACCGAGAGCUAUUCCGGCAGCGAGCUCCUCCACCUCUGCCAGCAGGUUGCGUCCAGCAAGCUGCAGAGCCUGCCGGGGCAGCUUCAGCCCACCUCCUACAAGGAUUUUGAAAGCGUUUUCUGCAAAAUCCACCCUGCCGUCUCUCAGAAGGAGCUGGACUUGUACGUGGAAUGGGAUAAAAUGUAUGGGUCGCGGCACUAGUGGAGAGUGACCGGCUUUUUCUUUUUCAAUGGUCUCGGGUCUCUCUGAAUGGAAGCUGUUGGGAGAUUCGAUUCCCUUCUCUUUCUUUUGCUGUUAAAAGUUUUUCGCUCUGAGUGCUCUCCUUGAGAGGCCGCAGCCUGCCUGCCUAUGAAAAGCAGGCGAUGGGUGAGGAGUCGUCUGUUAGAAAGUCACACCUAAUUUUGGAUGCAAGGACUUCCCCUAGAUUGAUUUGCGUACAUUUCCCCCCCCCUUAAAAAAUGUCUGAAAUUUUGACUGUGUGGUGGUUGUUGGGUCUCUAUGUUUAUGAAAAGUAGUUGCUGAAUGAACUCAGGAUAACCUAUUUAUUAUUAAUCUGUUCCCCCAGUCAUCCCUUUCUGUACCAGCAUUGUAAAGUAUUUGGCCAGGUAUUCUCCCCUUCCCAACUCUUUUUAACACUGUACCUCCUGGUUAUUUCUGUAGAGUUCUUAACUUCCAUGGAAAUGGCACGAAGCUGUCAUUCACUGCUUUAUACAGACUCAUUUCCAGGGGCAUAAUUUAGCCCUUGAUGUUCUUUAAAGCCAUCAAGAGCAUCGUUGUUAAAGCAGAUGGCAUCAAUGGGUUUUAAGGGAAGGCUUUUGGGAUUUUUUUUAAAAAAAUGUAGAUUGUUUAUUAAACUAGCAUCCUUUUUAUUUUUGUAA